UGGGCGGGGCGUGCACGGGAGCGCGCUUCAGCGCCGCCGCGACGGCCUGAGGGAGCGCGCACGGCUCGGGGAGAGUAGCGGAGCCGGAGCGGCCGCGAUGACCAGCUCACCUGCGUCAAGAAUUGUUUAUAAUGGCAAACGAAACAACGGACCCCGGUCUCCGACGAACACCGCACCACAGGAGAUGUAUACACCAGCACAUGAGGAAAAUGUCAGAUUUAUACAUGAAGCUUGGCAGUGUGUGGAGCGAGAGCUGAGGACCCAAAUGUCAGGGAGUGAACGCGGACCUGUCCAGUACGUCGAGAAGAAUCCCAAUCCAAAUUUGAACAAUUUCACACCUGUCGAUCUGAGUGACCUGCGGAAAAGGAGCUUGUCAGAUGCUAAGAAAUCUUAAGGGAUAUUGUUGGCUGUGUUUGAUCUUUCCUUCGACAUACCACUGGAGCUUCCGUUUUGAAGUACGUUUUCUUUCAUCUUUGAUUUGGAGAGGAAUCCGGAACUGCCCACUCUCUUCCAGAAGAACGGACCGCCUGUCAGUUCCGUCCAACCAACGCGAGGAUGCAUGCGUUCAGCAUGUCAACACAAGUUCGUCAACGGUGCUAAUUUUGACUGAUUUUUGCCCAUCUCUCUCUCCACCACUGCUGUCAAGAACUAUGCUCCAUUUGAUAAAUUAAGGUCACGACUCACUCCUGUGUUUAAGAGGAGCAUAAUGUCCCUGGGAGGUACGCCUAAAACCGUGCACACUGGAAUCAGGGUGUCUGGUAUCCCCAGCUGCCAAGCUGGCUCUCCUGAACUGUCCUGUUUAGAGGUGGUGGGGUCGGAGGUUGGAAGAGUCAGUCUAGAAACCUUAAUGACUAAGAUUGGUUUAUUUAAAAAAAGUUCCCAUCUGCACAGUUCAAAGUUGGCAUCGGACUUGGCAGCUGGUAAAACAUACUGUCUGAUAUGCACAGAACCGGAACUAAUGUGGGGGAAAUAAAAGCCUGACUUAACUGACAUGACUGAGAGCAAUGAGCUGAAAGAUGGGAUUGUAACCUGCUUUUGUCGUACAGGCCACAAGUUCGAGCCAUCUUUGUAUUCCAGCGAUUACUUUCAGAUUAGUCUUAAUUUAAAAAGAAAUCAUAGUGGAGUUUGGUGUGGGGGGGGUGGUGAGGGAGAGGAAGAGGGGCUUGAGUACAGCCGUGGGGAGGAUAACCUUGUGUGUGUUUUUUUUGUAAACUUUUGUAUUUCUACACUCCUCAACACAUGACCAACAUUGUCAGGGUGGCCGUGUGGAAACGUAGACGUGUCAGUGAUGGCUCACCAUGCUUGAUACCUGAUAUCAUCCCUUCCUCUGGUCUGCCAUUGUGCGUAAUCCAGGUAUCACCGAUUACACAGCAGGGCUUCCACUGACUCCUACAGGUGGGUUUGAAUGCCCUCUAUCAUAGAUAUUCCGAUGGAAAGUGGGUACUUAACUGCCCGGAAAUGUGGGCAACUCUUAGGUGUCCUCUAGUUUCUAAGCAGUUUAUGGCUCACUUUCCUUCAGUGCAACUUUUUUUAUCAGAAGCUUCCAAAGUAAAUUUUUUAACCCCUUCAGCUGCACCCCGGACACUAAAAAGGUGUGUGCUGUUAAUUGUUUUUAACGUUGGCAACCUUGUCUAAGUGAAGAGUAACAUGUUGAAAAGCUAAUCUGUACUCCACUCUAAUACGGACACAUCCUUUUCAAACUGAAAGAAUGGUGUUUGUUAGAAGAACUGUAUAAUUUAGCAAUCUUCCUGAUGUAUAAGUGAGGGGGUAUUGUAAAUAAAACGUCACUUCAUUUAUGAGACCGUCUGUUCAAAGUAAAUUGAUUAUCAAAGUAUAUGCAACCCUGAGAUUCAUUUUCUUGAGGACAUUCAGUAGAACAAAGAAAUACAAUAGGAUCAUUGAAAAACUACAUACAACGACUGACACCCCAUGUGCAUUGUGCCGUGUUGGAUGACAUGGGCGAUCAUGGUCUCAUAAUCAUGAUUGAUCUUGGCAAUUUUUUCUACAGAAGUGGCUUACCAUUGCCUUCUGGGCAGUGUCUUUACAAGAUGGGUGACCCCAGCCAUUAUCAAUACUCCAGAGGUUGUCUGCCUGGUGUCAGUGGUCGCUUAACCAGGACUCGAUGUGCACCAGCUGCUCGUACGACCAUCCACCACCUGCUCCCAUGGCUUCACGUGACCCUGACUUGUGGCAGACUUCCUGUAACUGUGCUCAGAGGGGCUGUGUACAUGUUAAAGUUGUCAUUGGUAUGAAGGAUCAGAUAAGCCUGGUGAAGGUGAUCAGUGGUUGAGCAGCAUCUGCGGGUGGGGAGAAGGACCUAUCAGGGAUCUGAGUGCUCGAGCACAGCUUAGAAGUUCCUUCCCCACCCCCCCCAACAGAAGCUGUUCCACAAACGCAAGGUGCUUUCCUGCUCACUCACCCUCUGAUGACAAUGGAGAGAAGAGAGGAGAGAAGCCAGAACAAGGUGGGUGGAGAGGGAGGACUACCAGCUGGCCCAUGAUAGGUGAGAAGGAAAGUGGGUAAUUACUCCACCACCCCACUUCUCUCUUCCAUUCAGGUUACCAUCUCAUCCCUUCUCACAUCCUCCUGAUUCCCCUCCUUCCCUUUCUCCCAUGGUCCACAAUCCUCUCCUAUUAGAUUCCUUCUUCAGUCCUUUACCGUUUCUACCUGUCACCUCCCAGCUUCUCACUUCAUUCCCCCUCACUUGGUUUCACCUGUCACCUGCUAUUUUGUACUCCUUCCCCUCCCCCCACACUUUUUUACUCUGGCUUCUUUCCAGUCCUGAUGAAGGGUCUCGGCCCAAAAUGUUGGCUGUUUAUUUCCCUGCCUGAUUGAGUUCCUCCAACAUUUUGUGCGUGUUGCACAAGAUUUUCUGCAUCUAAAGAAUCUCUUGCGCUUAGGACAAUAUGAAAGUGGCUUCUACAGAAGAAAUUUAGCUGAGCAGUUUACUGUUUCAUCCCUUCUCACAUCCUUCUGGUUCCCUUCCAUUCCUUUAGCACAACACUUUACAGUACCAGUGUUUAAUUUCCACUGCUGUCUCUAAGGAGUUUGUACCUUCUCCCUGUGACCGCAUGGGUUUCCUCCCAUUAGUUAGGAGGUUAAUCGGUCAUUGUUAAUGGUCCCGUGAUUAGGCUAGGAUUAAAUCGGGUUGCUGGGUGGCGCGACUCGAAGGGCUGGAGGACUUAGUGCAGUACCUCAAUACAUUUUUUAAAAUCCAUUUCACAGUGAAAGAAGGGUGUUUCACAGAUUCUUAAUCAUCACUUCUGGAGACAUGGAGUGUUAACUGCUGCUUUUUCCACAGUGCUGCCCGACCCACUGAUUGUUCCCAAUAUUUUCUGCUUAAUUUCAAUUCAUUCUACAACUUAAAUCCUAGUGUGAAAUGGACUGACUCUUGCAGCAUUUAGCUUGUUGAACAGGGAGCAACCAGAGAGCAAGGUUACGAUGACUGGAUUCAUUUUUGAAGCAAGAUUUCAUUGAUUUCAUUCGUCCUGAUUAAGAAGGAAUAUUCCCAUUUUCUCGUUCUUCAGUCUUAUACCAUUGAAGUUUUUAUGUAGACAGGAGAGCAGACUGGCCCAACUUAAUAGGGGGUCAGCACUUGUUGUGUUCAAAGUAUGUAUUGGGAAGAGGUUGGAGUUAAUUGUUAAGGAUGUGGUUUUGGGGUACUUAGGCUACGUCCACAGUACGCCGGAUAAUUUUGAAAACGCCGGUUUCAAGUAAAAACGACAGGCGUCCACACUAAGCAUUUUUCAAAAUAUCUUCGUCCACAUUAGACGGAUAUUUGGGCGAAUCUCCUCCUACUGGGCAUGCGCAGGACACACAGAAAACAAGCGAAGAGGAAACGGUAUACCUGGUGCGCGUUUGUCCAGUUACAGAGUGGAGAAACUUAAAAGGAGUUGCUCUUGGCUCUCGCGCAGGAGGACUUAAAACUAAAAAAAUCAAAUACUGGGGCGUAUGGAGGCAACUAACAGGGAGUUCACGAACAGUAUGACCCGGCUGAUGACGAACAUUGAAAAACUGA